AUGUUCGGUUCAUACAGCUCAUACAGCUCCGUGAGCACCAUGUCUACCGCCAUCGAUAUCAGCCCCUCCAACCUUCGAACUCGCGAUGCCUCGUGCGCCUUUCCCUCCUGGCCCAGGCGAGAGUCUCUCUCCGAGUUCGACCGCGAGGAGCGAGCCACUUCUUUCCUCUCCGACGACGACCUCCUCCUGUCGGACCCCUUCGACAGCGACAGCCACAGCAUCGCCAGCUCCAGCGCCUCGUCCUCUCCCAUCAUGAUGAUGCAGUCUCCUCCCCGCCUGACUGACGCCGAGGUCCUGGAGAUGCAGCGAGAGAAGCUUGCUCUGCAGCGCGAGUGCAUGCGCCAGAUCAUGCUCGAGAAGGAGCGCCGCAAGCAGGCCUCCAAGAAGAAGAGCCGCUCUGCUUCCGCCAAGAAGAGCCCCAAGUCCAAGCUUGCCUCCAUGACUCCCAUUUCCGAGUAA